CUACUAGGCAAUGACAAAUGGGUGCACAGGUGUAUCUGACGGUUAGCACAGGUCGUAACACCACCUGCCUCGAGUAGAGUCAUUUAUGUUUCGAGUUUUCCUUAAAAGUGAAGCUUUUUCCAAUUUUACACAAGACAUUCCAACAUUUACUUAGUAAAUGACCAUGGAGGAGCCACGGUCGGAGACCGCAAACAGGAGCGAAGACGCCGAUACUCUGGUUCCGGCUUCUAGUGAUUCCAGUUUACAUCUGGAUAUCAGCCGCCCGGAGUUACCUUUACUACGCUUCUGGUUACUAUGUUUUGGACUUCUCCUCGGCCUAUUGUUGUCGCUCCUCGAUACCUCCAUCGUCGCGACGAGUCUAUUUUCGAUAGCGGUCGAAUUCAACACCUUAACAUCGGUGAACUGGGUGGCGCUGGCCUACACUUUAACUUACCUCGGCUGCGCUGUGUUAUUGGCUCGGAUAUCCGAUAUUGUCGGUCGGCGCAAUGCAUUCAUCGCAUCGUAUCUCGUUUUUAUGGCAUUUUCGGUGGCUUGUGGAUUUACGCAGAACUUGGCCCAGCUGAUAGCGUGCCGAGCAGUGCAAGGGCUUGGCGGUUCAGGGCUAUAUUCCAUCACGAUGAUAAUCCUUCCAGAAGUUGCGCCGAAGAAACUGAAAAGCUUCAUUGGAGGCUUGAUUGGGAUUGUCAUGACAGCAUCGAGUGUCCUAGGGCCAGUCCUCGGAGGUGUAUUGACGCAGUACGCAAAGUGGCGUUGGGUCUUCUGGAUUAACGGACCUAUCGGUGUGGUAUCGAUGCUCCUCUUCUAUUUCGCAUGGCCGAAGCCUCAAUAUUUGCCCAAUAACGAGAGAAGAUCCUGGAAGGAAUUGGACUAUGUUGGCUCGGUACUUCUGAUUGCCGCUGCUGUCUUGGUCGUAUUUCCGUUCCAAAAUGCUGGGAACAUGACGGACCAAUGGUCAAAAGCCAUCUUCAUCGCCCCACUGGUCAUCGGUGUAGCUUUAUGGGUGGCUUUAGUCGGUUGGUCUAUUUUCGUAGAACGCCACUGGGGGGGCGCCAUAGACGCAGCGCUUCCUAUGCGGCUCCUACACGAUCGUGUGUAUGCUUCGGCGGUCUUCAACACCUUGCUCCUCGGGUUUCCUUACAUGCUCAUUAUUUAUGCAUUCCCGCUCAGACUGCAGAUGGUCAACGGCAAGAAUCCAUCUAUGGCUGGAAUCAUGCUCCUUCCAAUGUUGGCUUCGAGCGCUGUCGGUUCCGUGAUUUCAGGAGCCCUCAAUGCGAAGAAAAACAGGGUAUUCGAGACGCUACUAACGGCUACUUGUCUAUUGGUCCUCGGCUGUGGUCUUCUUUCCACCCUCUCAAGCUCAAUCGAACUCGAACCUAAAGCCCUAGGAUUUCUGGUUUUCGUCGGCCUCGGGUUUGGAAUGGUUGUUGCUACAUCAACUAUGGUGGCCACGAUUCAAUCAUCAAUGAGAGACCAUGCUCCUGCGCAGGGCCUUAUAGCCCAGGUUCGAGUCCUUGGCGGUAGUAUAGGCAUUGCAGCAUCUUCCGCCAUUGCAGGAGUCAUCCUUAAAGAACGGGUUGGAUCAGACACUGGGCAAUCUUCCUCGCUCGAAGACACUAUCGCCAAUCUGAGCCCUGAACGACAGGUGAACGUACGAGUAGCAUAUUCAGACGCUUUCAACGAAGAUAUGCGAGUAUGUGCGAUUAUCGGAGCUGUUGCAGUUCUUCUGACUUUUGGCACAUUUAGCCAGAAGCGGACAACUAUAGCAGAGCACAAGGAACAGGAGAUGCAUAGGAUGGGGAGAAGGAAAGCAACCCAACCUACCUAAGCCCUUACCGAAUAUGAGCUUCUGUAAGCCAUUCGUUAAUGAUGCCGUAUGCAUAAGGGCAUUAAUGCGGGUUGAAAAGGGAAAUUGAUGUUGACGCUGAUAUUGUCCCUGGGUUGGUGCGUGUUUUCGUUCUGCAGGCGUG